UUUUCUCUUGACACAAUUCUCUUUGCAAAUAUCUACGAACUGUCAAAUAGAGUGGCAUGCUGUUGCUUCAUGGACUUGGGAUGCACAGGAUGAAACAUGUGGAAUUUGUAGGAUGGCCUUUGAUGGCUGUUGUCCUGAUUGUAAACUCCCUGGGGAUGAUUGCCCAUUAAUUUGGGGUUCAUGCAGCCAUGCAUUCCAUCUUCAUUGUAUCUUAAAAUGGGUUAAUUCUCAAACUUCUCAAGCUCAUUGUCCCAUGUGUCGUAGGGAAUGGCAAUUCAAAGGGUGAGAAGGAAUUCUGUUUAUGGAAGUCAUGGAUUUGGACUCUCUAUGUGUAAUACAUUUCUCAUUAUGCCUCCCAAUAUAAGAACCAUUUUGUUAUUUUAA